AUGACAUGUCCUGACUUUUCACCUUUUGCCAGCUCCCACUCUAGUUUUGAGCAUUUUGCCAUUCAUUCCUAUGGGACCAAUUUUGCCUCAAGAACGACGAUAUUCUGUGAACCAUUCGGCGAAACCUUCCACAAAGUAAUAGCAAUCCAAUCGGGAACAAUCCUCACGUUUCGGUAUAUUACAGUCUAUGUAGUUUAAAAACUCUGGGAGAAGUUAGGGUGGUAAAUUUGCCUAUAAUAAGAAUAAUAUAUGUGAGAUAACAUUAAGUGGUCUUGCUAUGCAAUAACACUUAACUAGAAAAGCUACAAUUUCUGGGGAAAUUGUGUGAAGUGUUCUUGCCUCCACCAGUAGUCUGCAACUGGAGUGGGCGGAGUAACUGGGUGGAGUGGCUUGAGUAACUGUUGUGUGGCUGGAGUAACUGUGGAAAGGUUAGACUGGGCAGAGUAACUGUGAGGAGUGUUUGGAGUGAGUAAAGAUAGUAAACAUUACACUAACCAAUUGAUCAAAUUUAAAAAGUGCACAUGGCAAGCUUGAUAGAGUGAGAAAUGCAUUUCAACUUUUAUUUAUUUAUAUAGCUCAUUUAAUUGCAACGUUGUUGCCCAAAGUGCUUCAUAGUUACAUUAACCCAUUAAGGACCAAACUUCUGGAAUAAAAGGGAAUCAUGACAUGUCACACAUGUCAUGUGUCCUUAAGGGGUUAAAACAUACAUUUAUAAAAACAUUAGCAGGUGUACAAAAGGCCCUGUCUAUGACAUCACUUGCUGCUGCAGCCUGGCACAGGUCAGAGUAUUUUGGCGGUUGCCAUCUUCAAACGGUCGUAUUUUAAAAACUAUGAUUCUCACAAUGUAAAGCUGUGGGAUUUAAAGACCCAGACCUACAUUUUGACGCAUAGUAUGUCUGAAGUAUUAACAAUGAAGGUACAGUCGCAGUUUAGAAAUUGCCCUUCAAAUUUGAGCUAGCUAGAGUGGAGUUUCAAUGAAUGGCAAUAGACGGCGUGAGUUGCAAACAAAUGGUCAUAUUGUGAAAACUAUCAGGACUAUGGCUUAGCCGUGGACAUUUUUAGUGGCAGCAAGGAUAGCUGAACGUUUUGAUAUAAGAUUUGUGUAGGUGGGCUUGAAAAUGAGGGAGUGGUGGCAGUUUAGAAAUCAUGUCCUGAUUUUUCAGCUUUUGCCAGCGCCCACUCUAGUUUUGAACAUUUUGCCAUUCAUUCCUAUGGGACCAAUUUCGCCACAAGAACGACGAUAUUCCGUGAACCAUUCGGUGAAACGUUCCACAAAGUAAUAGCAAUCCAAUCAGGAACAAUCCGCACGUUUAGGUAUAUUACUGUCUAUGUAGUGUAAAAACUGUGGGAGGAGUUAGGGUGGUAAUUUUGCCUAUAAUAAGAAUAAUAUAUAUGUGAGAUAACAUUAAGUGGUCUUGCUAUGCAAGAACACUUAACAAGGAAUUCGGUUUACAGGCCACUCUAUUCACCAUGACUACCCCGGUGAUUUGCUUUAAAAUAUAUGAAAACGGCAAACCCUGCACACAAGUACUGCAUAUAUGUUCUGGCCUUCCACCAAGGAGGUGCUAUGUGGUAAGGAUGGACACCGCUGAAUCCACCAAUAUAGUCUCAAAGGCUGAAGGACACAGGCAACACUCCAGGAUCAAGAAUGUUAGUUUAUUAGUGGGUUCACUUCAUUUUGUGAGGUGGUGUACCCCCUAAUAUCCCUUAACUUACCUUCUUGAUUCUGGAGUGUUGUCUGUGUCCUUCAGCAUUUGUUGCUGUAAAAUACUGACCAUACAGCAGCUUCUAGAGCUCUGCAGAAGGAAUGUGACGAUUAUGUGUGGGGUGGAGACUGAUGGGGCAUAUGGACAGUAGUGGAGAUGAAUUAAAUAUAAAACAAUGUAAUUAAAAAACUGAACUCAAGUUUAUUUCCCCCUCCCUGAGGCAUACCUUUGGCCAGGGAGGGUGGAAAUCUGAAUACCUGGUGGUUCGGUGGGAGAAUUAUCUUGUCUGCACUCUGAGUGGGUGUAGACAAAUCUUUCUGGUGUUCUGUCAGAUUCAGUUUCCUAUCAGAAUGAGUUUCCCUUCACAACUCCUCCUCCCUCGGGAUCCCUGUGUCUGAAAAGGCUGCUGGGCGAGGUUCUGCAAAGUGAGUAAAGUUACUGCCACACUUGGCUUACAGUUAGGUGCUUCACUGCAGGCUGCAGCACUGGGACAUUGAACAUUUAGGGUGAAAGUGAGGGUUAACAUUUGGGUUAGAUUUCUGAUAAUUAAGAAUUGAGGAAGGUUUAACUUGUUUCUAACCCUAAUUUUAACCUUCACUGUAACCCUGAAUGUCUCACGUCCAAGUGCUGCAGUAAAGCCGUUAAAUGUAAGCUAUGUGUUACAGUAACUUUACUCACCUUGCAUUAUGUCGUUGGGCAGUCUUUUUUAGACACAGGGAUCCCAAGGGAGCAGGAGUUUUGAUGAUUGGCAAGCUGUAAGAGGAAACUGAACCUGACAAAGCACCGGCCAGCGUUGAGGAAUGUAGCAAAGCGUUGGCAUGGUAACGUGCUGCAAGGCUCUGCUAUAGUGGAAGGAGUGAGACCAAGCUCUCCCUCCUUCUCCUCAGCAUCCGGGCAACUGUGGAUACUUUUUGAUGGAUACCAAUGGCCAUCAUAGCCCACCAGGCGUUUGCCCGAUUGCCACUCCGGCCCUGGAUGGGAGAGCACAAAACACCAUACUUGGAGAUUGUUAGACAUAUCAGAGCAGCUGAAUGACAAAGCUUCAAAUUAAUCAAUACAUAAACAAUUGUGUGGAUUCUUUUCAUAUUUCUCCUCCCUUUAUCUGAACUCGAUGCUCUGUUUUUUUAAGAAUUCACGUUCACAGACAAGAUAGUUUGAAUAUAUAUAUAUAUAUAUAUAUAUAUAUAUAUAUAUAUAUAUAUAUAUAUUCAUGACGAUACUUCUGAUCUUAAAAAGCACAUGAAUUAAAGGUUAAUUUCUUAAUCUUAAAACCACUAUUUAUUGUGUUCCAUGUACCUGGGUGAAAGUGGAGGUUAAUGAAUGGUGGAUCUUGUGUUGGAAAACAUAUGUUUUGGUGGUGGUGCAUGAAGGAAUUCUUGCUAAUUUCCCUCAACUUGUUGAAUUAAAAUUUUUGUAUGUUUUAAUUUUUUUACCCCCAUAGAGAUGCGUAUAUUCUAGCUGCUAUCAACAGCUCUACAAGCUUCUUCUCGGGCUUUGUGGUCUUCUCGGUCUUGGGAUUCAUGGCAUCUGAGCAAGGUGUUGACAUAUCCAAGGUUGCAGAGUCUGGUGAGUCCAGGAGAUAAAGAUUAUAAUGGAAAUUCCCUGAAGAAUUCCAAAUCGUUAUAUGCUGAUCAAGACCUUGUUUUACAUUUUGUGAAUGUUUGAGAUUUCUUAGAGAAACACUGUAGUGUUAGGAAUUCAACGCUAAAAGGUCCCUCUGCAACCACCACCCUUGCCGCACCCAAAGGGUUAACUAAUACUUUAAACAAUCCCCUUAUUCCAAUGCAAAGGUCCCUUGGUGCUUGCUCUGUGUCCGUCUCCUCUGAUGUCAGCACAAGGGUAACUUAAUGCACAUGCGUGGCGUGCAUCAGGCCUUCCCCAUAGGAAAAUAAUGAAUCAAUGCUUUCAUAUAGUGAUUUUGAAGAUGCUCGUGGAAAAAGUUAAACUCUGUAAAACAGGAAUCUCCUCCAGUGGUUGUCUUCUCUAAACCUGUAAUGUUUUCAGCUGCAGGGUUAAAGGGACAGGUACACUGCACCCAGGCCACUUCAAUUAGAUGAAAUGGUCUGGGUGUCUAUAGUGUCCCUUUAAAAUUGAAGGUAAAAACCUGAAGGUGAAAAGUGUGCGCUAUUUCAAUGCAUUAUAAGUAUAAUGCAUUGAAAACAGAAACAUAGAAAUGUGACUGCAGAUAAGAACCAUUCGGCCCAUCUAGUCUGCCCAAAACUCCGAAAUACAUUUUUUAAAUUUUUUUUAAUAGGAAAAAAAUAUAUAAUAUAGAUAAAAAAAAGAUAUAAACUUUUAAAGUGUUAAUGUGAAAAGUAGUUGAUCCACAAAUAGCAGGUCCUGUUACCACUUAGGAUAAGCAGAACUGUUGAGUAAACUGAUAGCAGCCAUAUCACAACAACUUUAUAAAUAUGUUUGUUCAAUAUGUUUGUUCCAGGUCCUGGAUUGGCGUUCAUUGCAUACCCAAAAGCUGUGACUUUAAUGCCAUUCGCUCCGGUCUGGGCUGCACUGUUCUUCUUUAUGCUAUUGGUACUUGGUCUAGACAGCCAGGUAAUUGGAAGAGAUUGGGGAGGGAGUGGGGUAAUCAAGUAAUACUCACUUUACCAGCUGCGUCCAACUACAAUUUGUAUUUGCUCAAACUUAGAAAAAAUAAUUGGAUUCAUUCACUAGUGUUUGAAUAAUUGAUAGGUGACAAUGAAGUUGCAAAUUUUAGUCAGUUUAGUAAAACUGAGAAUUUACUCCAACUUACCUAUAUUGGUCUAAAAUGUUGUAUUCCUUUGCAAAUUCAAUUACUGUGUCAAAAAACAACCCCAUGGUUGCCGUAUAGCUAUUGAAAGUGUGCUAUAUUGAGGUCUAACUCAUUAGAAAUGGUGGACUGUAUAUGUUUGUGAUAAAAUAAUGCAGUUAUAAUUUAACUAUGUUCUUUAUUAGAUUCUUCUUAUGAAAUUCUUGAACAGAGAUGGCUAACCAGCGAAAUCCAGAUGUUUGUGAACUACAUUUCCCUUGAUGCUCUGCAAGCAUUAGAUUCUUAAAGAUGGCAAUGCGUUAUGGAAAAUGUAGUUAACAAACACCUGCAGUGCCAAGAUCUUUAACCUAGAUCUUUGAAAAGGGAUGCCCGAACAGUCCUCAAUGGCUAUUAUCGUACCAGUUUUACAAGAUAUUUUACUGGGAAAAUUUUAAGUAAAAUCUAUUGGAUUUUUUUUUGACCACUCCCAAAUAACAAGAGUAAACCAGGAGAUGCACCUGAUUAUUAACUUCUACUGACACUUUUAACAUCAUCAUAUUUGAGAAUUUAUUCUAUAGUGUUUUACUAUUAAUGACAAUGUUAUUUACUUAGUUUCACUUAAAUAAAUUUAAAAAGAAUUAUUCCAUAACAAGCGUUAUAAAAUUAAACAUAUACUUUUUUUUAAAUAAUGCACACCUAGGCAUGUAGCAUAUUUUAUAUUUAGCAAUAAUAAAGAGACCAUUUUUCUGUAAGGUACAAUAUGUUCUAAGACCAUUUUGACUGAUAGACAAUCUAAUAUGUUCUGGAAGGAUAUUCAAUAAAAUUUAGAGGUAAAACAGUAGGCUUUAUAUGCUAGUGCCCUUAAUGGGGUCAUCCCUAUACUUGUGCAUAUUAAAAAUAUUGCAAACUGUGAGUAGACUAUAUAUGAAUACUUGGAAGGAAGGGUCCAAGAAUCACUAUACUUGGACAUAAUCUCUGGUAGACAUAUUACACAUAGUACAAUUAAUGUAGAAGGUGAUUGACAGUUAAUUAACCAAAUGGCAGUGUUAAUCAUUGAGCAGCAUUAAAAUGACAGCCAGUUUUGUCUUUGGCCAAUGAGGACUGGAUUCGAGCAGACCUGACUUAGGAGAAAUGUAUGUUCUUGAAACCUCCAAUUUUGUGUAAUGUCUCUAAGUGUUGAGCAGGACUUGCCCUCUCCCCACCAGGAAAAGCUACCCUUUCUUCAUCUUUCUCUUCUCUUACUUGGGGCCUCAAGCAGAGAAGAUGUUGACAUCAUCAUGAGGCUAUGCCAUGCAGGGCAGAGGUGGAGGAAAGAGGAGAGCCCAGCGGGCCAGCCUGUGUAAUGGAGUUUCAGGGUGUAGACAAUAACCAUCCAGGUGAACAUGGUUUAGGUGGUCUGAGUGGAUACGUCCUGCUCACUAACUCAUUGUAAUCUUCCCUUCUAUCUCUGAACAGUUUGUGGGGGUCGAGGGAUUCAUAACCGGGAUUAUGGAUUUAUUUCCUCACCCUAUUAACGGCUUUGUGCGCAGGGAGGUCAUCGCUGCACUCUGCUGCCUUGUUUGCUUCAUUAUAGACCUUUCCAUGGUGACAGAGGUGAGCGAAAAAUGCAAUCAUACCUAAUGUAAAAAAAUGUUUAAACUAUGGGUGUAGGAACCAAGGGGGACAAAUUUCCUUAGCUAAUCUGGUGUAGUUUUAUCAUAUGUUUCACUGUUUAAGAAAUCUAAGAAAAGCCAAAUAUGUUGAGUCGAUUAUUCCAUUCUGCUAACAGACUCCUUAGUAAUAAUAUAUUGUUUUGUCAGAAUAAAACAGCACGGCUGGCAUUAUUAUAAAAGGCUGUCCCUCUCCUGAUAUGCUUUGGUAUCUGUGCCCAUGUUUUACAAUAAAUAAAAUAAAUGUAGAGAGUGCUUCAGCUCUGGGAACUUUAGACUACAUUUAAAUGUUGGAUCUCCAGUUAAUGUUUCUUCUAAAAACAUAAUGUGUAUAGAAAAAAUUCUAUAGACCAAUCAAGAGGCCACAGUCACUAGUAUGAUAUAAUUACCAAUUCCAUAGGAGAGAUUCUCAUAUGCAAAAUAAAAACGGAGAGAAAAUAAUAGUGCCGUACUUUAAUACAAUAACCUUUUCACAUAAAAACAACAAAUGGAACUCCCACUUUGAACAGUGGCCUAAGUAAAAUAAUAAAAUAAAAUGUACCCUCUGAGCAAUUUCAUUGUGAAUAGUCCAGCACUGAAACAGUUGAAAGGGCACUGUAACUGCAUCAAAUCCUUGAAGUGACUACAGUGUCUGGAGUCCUAUGGCACCAUUCUUCCAUUUACUGGUUUUAAUGCUAUGCGAGAGUCCUCAGCAGCCCAUCACCUACGUGCUGCUUGGUUAAUGAGAAAGCAUGAGCAGCAAUGGCCGACUGUGAUUGGUGGCUGAGAGUGUCAGUUGACAGCUAUUGCUGGUAUGAAUUGGUAUGGCUACAAGGAAGUGUAUGUCUGCCUUUUCCAUACCUAAUUUUGGGUGGGUCUUUUGGAAUCCAGUGACCCUAAUUCAGUGAUAACCUGCUUGAAAAUGGUUUAACACUGAAUGAAGGAAAUUCAGGUUUUAUAACUAAUUCAAAGAGAUAAAAUUGGCAUAGUGCUUUAAGAAUAGAUUUUUGUUUUUGGGUGAUGUACACUACAAGGUAUGGCUAUAUAAUGAUCAAUGUGUUAUCAUUUCAGUGCUCGACCACUUAGAAUUCAGAGGCUACAUCUUCUCCAUUGAUACUUUUUAUUUUUUUAUUUUUUUUAUCAUUGAAACAUUUCAUUAAAUAUUAACAAGCAGCAAGAGGAUUAAUAAGGCCUCAUUAAAAAGCAUGUUUUUAUGAAUGAUGGUUGAGGUAUUUUCAGGUCAAAAAGAAAUAACCUGUAUUGAUGUUUAGUGCCUUCUCUACAGAACAUAUUUGGGGAAAUAAUUUUCUGAAAUUUGUCAUUAUAGGGAGGGAUGUACGUCUUCCAGCUUUUUGACUAUUAUUCGGCAAGUGGCAUCACUUUGUUGUGGCAAGCGUUCUGGGAAUGCGUGGUCAUCGCAUGGGUCUAUGGUAAGUUCACUAGGACAACAAUAUGAUAAAUCUGAUAAAAACAUAAUAGGAAGUGUAAAGAAGAAGGGUUGUAAAUUUAGUAUAAUGCUUCAAAUGACCAAUUUUACUAUUAACAUGACGUAAAGUCAUGAUUUUAUUAAUGACAGAGGCGAGUAUUAUGCUAUUCUUUCUUUACUUUCCUCAGCGGCAAAGAACAAAAUGAGAAAACAAACACAUGACAGAGUUAACAAUAUGCUUAUUAACACAUCAACCAAUCACAAACAUGCAUAACCCAAAGAGGAUGCAUAGGCAUCAAUAAAGGAAUCAACGAACAGAAUCCAACACAGAAAAUUCUCCAAGGAUCACAAAUUUAACCAAAUGAAGGUGUGUCAAGCUAAAAGAGGAAAGAAAAUGUGGUAAUAUAAAACAAUCAUCUGUCAAAUCUAUCAUAAAACAGUAAUAGUCAUGACAUUUUAUCAUAACAAUACUAAUCAUACAAGAAUAAAUGAUGACAUAUCAAUCGAAAAUUCAGGAAAACAUCAAAACAAAAUUCCCUAGAAACAUAUUAAAGCAUCCAAAUGAUAUGCCUAAAUUGCAGCAAUUGAACAACUUACCAAAGCCAUGAAUGCCAAACCUAAACCAUGAAACAGAAGUCAAAAGGGGAAGGUAAGGAAUUAAACUUGCCUCCAUGUCAUCAAUAAGAUUAUGUCUUUUUGUCAUGUUAAUUGUAAAAUCUAGGAAUUUUAAUAAGACAUUGAGGCUCCUUUUAUGCUAGUUCAAAGCUGAGCUACAAUUUGGUUUGAAAACUGACUAAGCGGAUGAAAAUAAAAAUCACGGAAAGUCGAUUCCCAAGACAAAUCCACUCAUAUCAUCUUCAAAAAACAUCUCAAUAAUGAAGCUUUUUAAGCCAUGACACCUUUAACAGAAUGAAAAGCAAAAAUAGCAGGUGUAGAAUCUGGAAUGAGGUUUCCAAAAGGAAAUAGAGGAGAGAAUCAUUCUUCAUAUGCCUUCAGACGCAAAAACAGAACAAAGAUUAGGCCGUUCCAGAAAAGAUCGGUAAAAAACAGAUUUGUGUGACGAGAUAUCAAAUCUAACUUCUUCCAGAACAAAAGACAUACCAAUCCAAUGCCCGCAAAUCAAAAACUUGUUUUCAAAAUAUCAAACAAAGAGGCAGACAAUUGUUUCAAAGUGAGAUCAGAGUUUGGAUGACAAGACUCUAUAAAAUUCAGGACCACAUUAGCAUCCCAAAAGGUUGAAUAUCGUGAGGUAGGAGGUCUAUAAAAACCAAUGCCUUUAAGAUGCUGAUAGGCAAAGGGAAGAGGACCAACUGAGCCAUCAAAACUUUUGACUGGCUGAAAUAGCCAAUCUAUAGAGAUGGACCAUUCAAUAAGAUCUACCACCCUCAGAGAUGAGUGAGGAAGUGGAGGACUGCAUUCAAAGGAGUUGAUAUGGGAUCUGAGUAACCAACUAGACCAGGCACGCCAAGCUGAUCGGGUAAAGCAUCUGGAGAACCACAGAAAAGCAAACCUGGUCAGAUAAUCCAGACCAGGGGAUGAGCUCACAGGAAAAAGAUAAAUAAAUAAACAAUAUAACAUAUGUGCAGGAAAAAGAGGAUAAGAACUGAUACUAAAAUGGUCUGAUCAAGCAGCAAAGGAAGAUGGUUUGCUGGAUUGUCAUGCAUGUUAUAGACUAGGCUUGUUUGUGAUUGAUUUAUUAUUAGGAAUAUUGCUAACUUUUUCAUGUAUUUUCCUCAUAUUUUUCUUUAUUGCUGAGUUAAGUAAAGAGAUAUAUUUUAAAGGAACACUGUCAGAUGGAAUUGUUUUAUAAAAAUCUGUGUAAAAUAUUUUCAUCAGAUUAUCAUUAUUUUAAUGUAAUUAAGGUACCAUACAUUUAAGUGUAAUAAACACUUCUGCCAAUUUCAUGUGGACAGGUUUUCACUGUGGAAGUGGCCAUUUUGAAAAAUCCCACCAAAAUUGUCAGUUACAGUUACUAAUAAAAAACAAAAGAUGCUUCAAAGAUCAUAUGAAGUAUGCUAAAUGCAAAAUAAAUAUGCUUAUCACUAGGUCAGAUAUCAUAAAUGGUCUUUGUUUAAAGGGACACUGUAUGUACUAGAAUUGCUUCAUCUCCUAGAUUAAAGUGUCUUGAUUCCUUUUGCUAAACCGGAGUCUGUCUGUCUGCUGCUUGGGCUACUUAGGAAGCAUAAGGCUGAAAAGCAAUGGGUAGCUGUGAUUGGCUAAGAGUGUCAGCUCAUCACUUUCAGCCUGUCACUGUGCCCAUUAUUGGUAUGACUAGAAUGAAGUGUGAUCUCUGCCUUAUCCAUACCUCCUGUAGGGUCCAGAGUGUGGGUGGCCAGGGAUCCUAAUUUAUCUACUGGCACUAUAACCAGUUUAAUGAAAAAUAAUGGCUAGAAUACCUACAGUGUCACUUUAAUUGUAAAGGUUUGUAUAAGAAGCAUUAAUGUGUGUAAUAAAAAAAAAAAAAAUGUCACCUUAAAGGAACAUUAUAGUGUUAGGAAUACAAAUGUGUAUUCCUAACAUUUUAGUGCCAUGUUAGCAAUUGAGGUGCCUGCCUCCCCCUCCUGUAAUUUGUUAAAAAUCAUUAUUACUUACAUCUUCACUCGCUGCUCUGGUCUCCUUGGUUGAGAUCAUUGGGAUCUCAGCAAAUCCUAUGUUUUCCCAUAGAUUACUAAUAUCCCUAAUCUAAUAUCUGACACUUCAUGGUUCUGUGAAUAUCCUUGUUGUUGUGCAAGCAUUUAAAUAAAGAAUAAUAAAUGUCCCUAAAAGGAACACUCCACUUGUAAAACAGUACCCCCUAUGUACAGGUUUUAUGGCGUUUUGGGAAGUUACAGGGUCAAAUAUAGCAUGUUACAUUUGAAAUUGAAAUUCGCCAGAUUGGUUACGUUGCCUUUGUACUGUAUAGUAGCCCAGGAAUCAAAUUUACACUCAUUGCAUACCAUUUGCAAUAGUAGACAACCCAAGGUAUUGCAAAUGGGGUACGUCCAGUCUUUUUUUUAGUAGCCAUUUGGUCACAAACCCUGGACAAAGUUAGCGCCGGCGACCGGGUAAGUAAAAAAACAAAAAAACGGAGGGCAUACUAUUAUGUCCGGCGGUGUUUAGUGCAGCUUAAAAUAGGGCGUAAUAGUACGCCCUCCGGUCUUAAGGGGUUAAACAACAAGAAAGUAACAAUACUGAUUAUCUGAUUGACAGCCGAGCAGGUGUAUCAAGUUCACUUAUAAAAGUGCCAAUUUCUAACUAAAUCUGCACUUUUUCUAAACUGGAAAAGAGGACAAACUCUUCACUCAUAAAACACUUAAGAAAGCUAAAGUGCUUUAGGUGUUUGAAGCGUUCCAUUAAGUGUUCUUUUAAAGACUAAUUUAUAAUGUAGGAAUUGGGAACCUGAUAAACCCAGUAUGUUUUUCUUUGUCUUCACAAAGUGAGAUGAGAUCAAAGCAAUCUUUUGUGCCAAGUGUAAAGGAAUACAUUCCAAACAAAUUACACACAAUGUUUGUUAUAAAGGAUGCUGGAUACAAAUAAACAGAUUGAUCAUUAAAGUGAUACAUCUAUCUCUCAGGUGCUGACAGAUUUAUGGAUGACAUUGCCCGGAUGAUUGGUUACCGCCCUCUCCCUUACAUGAAAUGGUGCUGGUCAGUGCUCACUCCUUUAGUCUGUGUGGUAAGGCUGUUUUACGUUUUCACUCUUAAUCCUGUGUAUGCAAGAUAACCUUUUAGCAAAUCUGUUUCAGUGGGGGUCAUACCAGGCGGCACCAGGGCCCGUGAGCCUGAACAGGCUACUAAAGGGUACUGAGGACAAAUUAUCUUAUUAUUUUUAUUGCUGUCACUUAAACAGAGGGUUACAAAAUGUACUAUAUAGUCUGCAUUUCCAUCUUCGGAAACCUGGCUCUAAUGUAUGCAGGCUCAACUUAUUAGACUGAAGGAGCACUCGUUUCCAGAUAUCAGCCGAAUAAGUCUGCCCGUUUGGUAGAAAAGACAAUAUGUUCAUAAGCAAAGACCACAUAGCUCACCUUUCAUGUUCCCUUUUAGUACCAUCCAUUUAAAAUAAAGUCCUAAUAUGUUCCCCUACUCUCCCUUUGCUACUGAUCCUCACUUGUACAGGGCCAAAAUGAUAUCUCAGGCGAUUAUUGGUAAAGUAUUCUCACAUGACUCUGCCUCACCUUAAAAAUCAAAGAGACUCUGGCCUAUCAGGAGUCCUAGUGGAACUUCAGAUAUCUGCUAAUGCAACCCGAGUGUUAAUUGCAGGUGUGUAACUGCAGCCGGUUCCCCUAUUUACCACUAUAACGUCUUAAAGCAUAGAGUUUAGCAUUGCUAACCGUACAGAUAUCUUAGCCAUAAUAUUAUAUAGUUAGUAAGAGUUCCUCUAUUUAACAUAUAUAAAAAAAAUUGAGAGUACAAUAUGAAAUAGGGAUUGUCUUGGAAGCAAUAAAGUUUUGUCUUUUUAAAUAUUUUAUUAAAUAAAAAUAUAAAAAACAUAUAAAACCUUAAAGGGACAUUGUAGUCACUAUAACCACUUUGUCUCUUUGAAUUGGUUAUAGUGCCUGGAGUGGUCUGGCACUGUCCCUCAGUGUUGCACCAUGUUUGUGCAGUAUGCAACAAAAUAAGAGUCCCUGGCCACCCACAGUCCAGCCCCUUCUGUAUGUGUAGCUAAGGCAGAGAUUACACACUUCCUUGUUGUCAUACCCAUUCAUACCGUCAGUUGGAGCUCUGACAGGUUAAAAGCAAUCAGCUGACACACCCAGCCAAUCACAGCUGCCCAUUGCCCUCUCAGGGUAAUACUUCCUUAUUAGCCAAAGCAGCACAGAGGGGAUAGACUGCUGUGGACAUUAAAACUGAAAGAAAUGCUGAAAGAAAUGAUGGUACCAGGGGACUCCAGACACUAUAUAACCAGUUUAAUGAGAUGAAGCAGAUACAGUGCCUACGGUGUCCCUUUUAAAAAUUUACAAUAAUUUAUAGCAGAGUUUAUAAGAUUAAAGUAUAUGCUUGCAAUAUCAGUAAAAUAGAAUAACAUACCCUCCUGAACAUGUCAACCUCCCAGUCAUGAUAAAAUGGAGCAGUGUCUGUCUCCAAAAUCUCUCCUCUGUGUCCUAAUAUUAAUAAGUACACAUAUUUAUACCUUAGAUUUUCAAUUAGGUCAUUUUAGGACCUACCUUAAUUUGGCAAAGAUACGAGGCCAUAACUUGGUCAUUUCACAUGGAAACAUCUUAUCUAUGUUUAGACAAAAACAUAAGGGUGCACAUGACAUGGGAAAUUCCCUGACUUGGGGCAAGAUGGUGUCCUAAAGUCUGAAUAUGGAUAAAAGGUCCUUUAUUAAAGAAACUUUGUAUGGAAAACAAUGUUCCAUUUCUAACAUUGUCAGUUUGCAAAAUCUUUUAAAGACAAAGUACACAGUUUAAGAAAUACAAAUUUUCAUUCUAAAACUUGUAAUAUUUACAUAUGCCCAUUGCAGAUGGUGACGGACAACCGUCAAUUUACACAUUGCUGCAGUUAGAGAAAGUGAUAUCAGGUCACUCCCAGCACUUGUGAAAGGGAAUCCGCACUGGAGUAGGGCAGCCCACACCAGCUAUUGCAGCUCCUGCCCUUGACCUGUACCUGGCCAUCCUGGUUCCCACUGGACCCCACGGAAGCCACCCACACUGCUAGAUAUACACAGAGCUGAAGAAGCCUCCUCCUCUUACAAAAAAUAUAAACCGCCCACACGAAAACACACACACACACAGUCCCCACAUACACAACACCACUGACAAUCCACAUACACAAACAAUCCCUCAAGCAGUUUCUCACAUGCAAUACCACAAACAGCCCCCCACACACAAAACACACUAUGUGGCAUAUCAUCUACAAACAAAAUUCUACAAGCAGCCCACAUUCAUAGGUAUUAUACACAAUACCACAAACUACUCAUGAAAAUAUACAAUGUAACAGCCCACAAGCGCACAAAUGCAAUGUUACAAAGCAACUGCAGCACCCAUAAAUAAAACAAGCAGAAUACAACCGCAUACACAAAUAAAUUUAAGUCCCUUGAUGUGCCGGUCCUAUUUUUUUUUUUUUUUUUUAAGAUCUUUUCUUGACACAGUACUGCUAAAGGUUCCCUACCUCUGACCUAGCCUGUAGGAUUUAUUUUUGAUCUGUUAUCCAUAUAAAAACAUGUAUUGAUGUUGAUUUACAAAAGUCCAGUUUUCUUAUGUAUUGAUUGACAAAAUAAUUAUGCUUAAGGCACAUCUGCUAUGACUGUGUGAGACUUAAUCUUUUUUUGUCAAUGUAUCUCCAGGGCAUCUUUUUGUUUCAUGUUGUCAAUUACAAGCCGUUGACUUACAACAACUCCUACGUCUACCCCUGGUGGGGAGAAGCUAUUGGCUGGGGUCUUGCGCUGGCCUCCAUGUUGUGCAUUCCUCUUACUGUUGUCAUCAAACUGCUUCGAUCUAAGGGUUCCCUGCGAGAGGUGAGAUAGUGUUUGUUGUUUGUUCCUAUACUGAUAUCAUUAGUGAGUUAAAUGAUUUCCUUCUCAUAAAGGUUAGAGAGGCUUAUUCACUAAACUCUGAAUUGCACGUAACUGAAAUCCUAAUGGCAAAAUUUAGGAAAACCGUUAAUUAUGACAAAUUCUCCAACUUGGCACUGUUUGGAUAUUUUAGCCUGAAUUUCCCCGCUAUUUGGAUUUCACUUCAGAGUUCAGUGAAUAUUAUAUCUCAGCAGACAUACAUGUUACAGGCCUUCACAAAUAUAUGUAUUAUUAAAUGAAAAUAUAUAUGUUUGUAUAAAACAUGUGUUAUAUCCGUAAAACAAACAUAGAGGUUUAUUUCAUCUAUACUUAAUAUUUGGACAAUAUUGUCAAGCUGUAAAACUUCUCCAUCCUUUUUUUAUAGUUUGGCAAUUUUGGUCUAAAUUUCAAAGUUUUCUUUAUCACUUCUCUGCAACUCCCAUGUUAUUCAAUAAACUAUUCAACUGGUAUAUGCUCGCCGACACACACAAUUCAAUUUAGUGACACAUCAAAUGUGUUAUUAGGGUGAGCACUGAAAAAAAUCAUGUAAUAGUAAAUCUGAACUCUAUAUUUUAAAGUUGUGUACCAUGACUGGUAUAUUUAAAAGGCAUUUAUUCUUACAUGAAAUUAGAGAAUCCUGUUCUAGUUUGAAAAUCAUAUCAAUGAAUCAUGACUCACAUGUAUAGAUUUGCAGACAUGAUGGAAAAAUCAUUACUUAAUAAUGAAAUGUUUAGUCGCAGCACCUGGGGAUUUGUCAAAAAUUUUCUUCACUGUGUUUUUGCAGCGUUGGCACCUUUUAACCACCCCGGUGUGGGGUCACCACCAUCUGGAAUACCUCACUCCUGAGGCAGAAACCAAGCUACUCCCACCUGACUCCAUGAUUGCGCUCAGCAAAGAGAAAGCCAUAUUGUUUGAGACGGUGAUCUGAGUGCCAACUGCAUAGCCAGCUUGCUUCCUAUACAAUCUUUUUUUCUGUAUUUUGUUCAUGCAUUGCUUCACCAAAAAUGGGGCAGAGCUGAGGCAGUCAAAUCAAGUGAAAGGGAAAUAUGACACAUUCUUAUCAUGUAUGUACGAACACUCUCCAACCUGUCCUUAUUGCUAUAGCAUCUGGUGAUAGGUGCAUAUGUAAAAUAAUUACCCGUUCCUUCACAUACACAAAAUAAGAGCCAUUGAGAACUUAAUUACAGAUGGAAUAAAGGUAAUGCUGUCAUUUAAACAUUGUUUACAGCGUGAACCAGGAGCACAAUACAUACUGUAUAGGAUUUUUUUUAACAUGUACUCAAAUAGUCAGGCUUGAAGGCUUUGUAACAACCACAUCCUGUGAUUUCAUUGUGUGGUUGUUAUAAAGAUUAAUACCUUCAUUGUUUUAAUGCUGGUCAGCUGACUUUUUUUUUUUUUUUUGAGGGAACACUGAACUAUAGAUUGCAGGGAGGUUCCUUGGCAAAGUUCUUAAUAGUGUGUCUUCUUCAUUUCAAAAACCUACACAAAAUUUCUUUAAAAAAACCAACCAACACAUCGACCAGGGCGCAGUUUAAAGUCUAAUAUAAAUGUAAAAUGCAAGGUUUAUUAUAUCCAUGCUUAAGUAUGUGGCCUAUAAGUAAAAGCCUGCCUUUUAUGGCUGUACUGUGGAGCUGACUCCAUGUAUUACGUCAACUAAUGGAGUAUUAAAGCAAAUGCAUUUCCCUGCCCACUUUCUGAUGUCAUACUCUAGUACCAUAUGCUGACGUAAUACCAAAAUAUGCAGUAGUUAAUUUGCACGUGGUGCUGUCAGAAAGGUAGGUGGAGCUUUAACACGUGAAAACUAACACAAUGCAUAGAUUUUUAUUUUUUUUUUGUCUGCUAUACUUUUGUCCAUAAGCACAGUUAAUGCAAAAGUUCCUCAGACUUGUAUUAUUGAUCUUUUUAUCCUGCACCAUACAUGUUGACAGAGGUGCGAGUAUUAUUUUCAUGCUAUUAGCUGCACACAGCUUAGGUAGUUGACAGAUGAAGCAGUCUGACUACUAGAUAAACAACAAAUUGGGGGGUUAUCAAGUAUACAAGCAACUUUUGCCAAGUGGUGACCUCCAAUUCAGUUGAAUUGUUUUUGGUUUUUUUCCUAAGUCUUGCAUUUUGAUCACAAUUUAGCAAGUUGUUACUCAUCAAGUCUGCUGAAUUGUGAAUUAAAUCAAUGGAUUCUGCCAAAAUGCUCGAAAAACAACGUAAGAACAACAUAUUAGAAGAACUGGUAGGUCAAGAAUGCCUGCUUCUACCUAAUCAUGUCCUUCUACUUAACAAGAGCUUUAACCGAAGCAGGUCAAUUAUUGAUUUUGAUGAAUAUGAAUUAUCAAGAGUUUAGAGUGUAUUCACUACAUUGGGACAUGUGGAAAUAGCUUUUUUUUUUUUUUUUUUAAUCUGAAAAAAGAUGGAUAAUUUUUCCAUCUUGACUAAUUUGAUAAUAUUUUUCAAUUCUCCACUUUUGGAUACGUUUGUCCAACUGUCUAAGUACUUAAUAUUUAUCAUUAAAAUCAAAGAAUUUGAGAAAGAUUGGGAGCAUAUUUUUUUGAAUUUACUUAUUCUCCCAUAUACUAUUAUUUCUUGGUACUAAUACUAUAAUAUCCUUUUUAUGUUAUGAUAAAUACAUAAUAGUAUUUUACGAUCAGUAUUUUACAACGCCACAAUUCCCAAUCCAGUGUAUAAAGCCUCUUUGUUUUAAAACAUCUCUAAACUGUAACAUCAUAUUGUAGAUGUUCAGUUCAGAUGGAUCCUCUAGUGUUGAUGUUACAGAAUAACCAAAUGGUUUUCUGGAAUUUUAAGACACAGAAAUAUUAGGAAUCAAGUGCAGUAUCGUGGGAGUUUUAACCACAGAUGGAGUUACAAAUCUGGUCGAUAUCCGUUCCGAAGAAAAUGUAGCUUUUUUUUUUUUUGUUCCACCAAUUUUUCUAGUUUGUGAAAUCCUUAACUUUAUUCAUCCUAGUGGCAUUGUAUUGAUAGUUUUCAUACCUAGAAAAAUAAAACCUCAACCUAUGUGUGCAAUUUAUGUAUUUACAAAUGCACACAUGAAGAGAAAAAUCCUAGCUAUAAAUCCACACACAUAUAAUCAUUAGUUCCAUUCAGCUGUAUAGGUGUGUUUCUAGGUACCACCAUGUGAGGGCAGUAGUAAGGCUUUAAUUGAGUCUCAAAUUCAAUUGCGUAGCUCAGAGUGCUUAAUGACGACUAAUUAGUCUGGUUCUGCAACCUAAAGCUCUGAUGCUCUUAGGACAAUUAUAAUAUUAUUUAUAAAGCACCAACAAAUUCCAUAACGCUGUACAAUAGGUGGACUAACAGACAUGUAAUUGCAACAAGACUAGCUGGACACACAGGAACAGAGGGUGUUGCGAGACCUGCUCAAACGAGUUCACAUUCUUGAGGGAUAAUUACAGCCACCAUCUAAUAUUUUUCAAAUGACCAUCCACUCAGUACCGACACUAUAAAACAACUAUUUGUCAAAAUGGCUGGGAUUACAAAAUGGGCAGAGAAUUAUGAAAUAUACUGUAGUUAAAUUUUUACAUGUUUUGCUUUAUGGAAUAUAUUGGAACACUUUAGAUAAGAUAAUUAAUUCUAGUAACUACAUUUAUCUUCUAUAUUAGAGACAAGGUACAAAUCUAAUAUGUUGUUCUUCAGAUAUUGUAGCAUUUUAACUCCCAUGAUGCUCAGCUGGCCAUAAGCUUUCCCCUAGAUCCCAAGCCAGAUACUAUAGUCUUCUUCAUACCUGUAACACUGCAGAUCUGGGUAUUAGCUAUAUUUAAGCAAAAGGAAAUGGACAGGCAACUGUGUUCUGCCCUUUUAAUGUAUAGCCCGGUAAAGUGUCCUUUUGUGGUUUUAAUAAAUAAAACUUCCAGAUCAGAUUACAUGGCCCUGAAGAUGCUCUUUUAAGAUUGUCUAAAAAAAAAAUCUAUAGUCCCUAUAUAGUUCAUAUUCAUACCUGGUAAAUAAAGGUCAGCUUGGCUAAAGAGAUUGUCAUCUCUUAUGGGGUCAGAGAAGGUUGUCGACAAGUUAAAAGGGGAACAGUCACUUUCCAGGAUUUAUAAUAAUUGAUUUACGUGUCCCUGCAUUUAACAAACUUGUAUUUGUGAGGUGUGAAAAAUAAAAUAUAUAGAAAUCCACUCCUCUUUCUCCUGCAACUGGGUGCCUCCAUUUUGGCUCCAUGUCAACCAUUAUUAUAAAGUAUGCCCAUGGCACCUGGCAGUCAACAUGGAUAAUGUAUACAGAGAAGAGAAGGAAUGAAGCAAUGUGCUCAUGUUUUGCUUAGACUGAACUGGAUUGCGAUGCAAUUUGCUAAUUAUUUAAAAUAAAAUUAUUAGUCAUCAGAGUUUCUCAUUAAAAAAAGGUUAUAAAUAAAUAAAUUAGGUCCAGGCACUCAGGAUUGCUGCAGGAAGGCAGGUUUAUUGGAACAAAAAGUGCAACGUUUUGGCCUACACAGAGGCCUUCAUCAAGCUAUCACCUCAGUGUCACAGUACCCUAUUUAAAGGGUGUCAACCAUAACCACAUUAACAUAAUAUGUGCAAAAUUAAUCAAUUAAAUAAAAACAAUCAGUCAAUUAUACAUCACAUUCAUAAAUAUACACAUUCCAGUGUAAAAACAGUACAUUAGUAAUUAUUAAAUUCAUAAUAAAUUAAAAAGGAAAGAAACAAAAAAAGUAAAAGAGAAGGGAAAAAUAAUCAACAUAGUUAAACAAGGGUAAGUGUAGCAAUGGCCCCAUACCUACAUACACCUGAAAGGAUUCCAAAGUAGGAAGGAUUCCAAACUGAGCAUACGGUACUCACACUUGGGAAUCCAGGUUGACAUGAGUUUAAGAUGAUUUUCAAUGUUUUGUUCGUUGAUGUUCAUUUUUGCUAAUUUAGUCCAUCCUGGCCACGUUGCACCUUCCUUGGCCCUGGCAAUUUCAUAAACUACUCAAUAUGACCAACAACACAAAAUGAUCAUUUGAAGUCAUGUCAGAGGUGUCUGAGAUUUGACAGUCGUCAGACAGCAGUGAUAGAGUUAAACUGAUAAAAAAAAAAAAAAACAUUUAUUUUUGAACGUAACAGAAUAGAAUAGUAUUUUUGUAGGCAUAGAGUUCUUAAACUGCAGUCUGUACCUUAUAUACUAAUGUAUAUGUUAGCUGCCUUGAAAGAUUCUAUAUCUGUAUCACUAUCUGCCAGGGAAGCAGGACUGAUAUGCCAGCUCCUGUUGGCGCACACUGCACCCCAUUCUGCCAAUCUCUCAUACAGUUGAUCUCUCCCUUUUCCCUAUUUCUAGCUCGUCCUUGUCUCCUUUAUAUCUCAUUAUUUAUCCCCUUAAUUUCCUUUCUUUCUGCCUGCCUUUGACGUUCUUCUCUUUUCUUUUCUCCUCUCGUAUUCCAAUCCUUUUUCUUUCUCUUGUCCUCUUGUUCUCCACUGCACUCUCAUUUUUCUCUCUCUCUCUCUCUUUUUUAUUAUUUAUAAUUUUUUAUUUUUGUCAUGCAUCAAAUAAACAAACAGCCUCAUUACGCCACAACAGCAGUAUCGAGGUAUAGAUACGUACAAUUUGCAUAACCAAGUGUGGUAUUCAAUAAACUGGCAUAUUUUUAUUAAUGAAUGAAAAGUUGCAGUGUCGGCUUAUUGUGGUCAAGGAUGAUUGGUAUUUGAGUUACAGUUCUUAUUUUAGAUCUAUAUGGUUAAAUGAAAAGUAAACGAUUAAGAUUAGAUUAUAACAGAUAUGUUAGGCAUGAGAGCUGCAAACUAGGUGGGGAUUGUUGCUGGAUGUGGUGGGUAUUCUAACUCCUUAUGACUCAUAGAGUACUAAAAUAGUGUGUGCUGUGUCCCCUGUUGGCGCUGGCUAGUGUAAUGUUACCUAAUGGAUCUGACGCUGGGUGUCCCCUGAACCUCUUCUAUUUGUUAAGGCGUUUAGACCUAAGUUUAUGUUAGGUCGUCCGUUUAUGCAGGCCUGUAUGCAUGGGCAAAUAAAAAAUACUUCCCCGUGGUGUGCGGGCAUAUAGGCAGGUGAGAGCCCUAGAGUAGGCUUUUUUCUGGGUAAGAUCGCCUAUGCUAUUAUGGGUGCCCGUCUACACAUGCCAGUGCUGGUCGCCCGGUUAUUGUGGAAAAAUAACAUAGGUGAGCUUGCUAUUCAGCUCGUCGGGUGCAAUGUGCGCCUUAUGUGCAUUGCUUUCGUAAGGCCAUAUAGUUAUAAGGGUAAAGGUGGGAAUAUACACUGUUCGUGUCCAUUUACCGGACUGCUGUCUGCGGUGGGAGGUAGGGGGGGUUAUGACAGUGUAGGGACUAUACCUGUUAGUGGGCGUACAGUGCUCUCUCUUUCUUUUUGGUCUGUCACUCUCUCUGUUCAUAUCACUAUUUCCUUCCUUUCUCUCCCCUCAUUAUCAUUCUUUUUUUUCUCUCACUUUCAUUUAUCAUUCCAAUUCCUUCUGUUCUCUAUCCUUUCUCUAAUCUCACUCUCUAUUCUGAUCUCUGUAGUCUUUCUUCCUGCUCUUCUAUUGUCUUCUCUCGCUCUACUUCUUCAGCUCUCAUAUAUUUAAUUGAUCUCUCUCUCAUAUAUAUAUAUAUAUAUAUAUAUAUAUAUAUAUACACCACUAAACAUAUAUAAAACAGUACACAUGGUAAAGAAUUGGGGUAUGUUGGGUGUGACAUGUAGUGCCCCUAUUCCAUUAUACAGGGAUAUGUUCUGCUCUUGUUCUAUACCACAAAGCCAAUUUGAUUUGCUCUAUAUGUUGACUGUAGCAUUGUGAUAAAAGUCUCUUCUUGACUAUGCAUGUGAGCUAUGUCACUUGAGACGGGAACUGUAAUGUUUUGUAGAUUUAGCUGUCCUGCAACUGCUGUAUUAUCAUGCUUAAAUGUCUAAAAAAUAUCCUACAGAUGAUGCAACCAUUCACGCUUUCCAGAUCCCAGAAGGGUACUUAAUGCAUUGUUCUGAAAUGUGUUGCCCAACUUAUUGCCCCAUUGCUCUGUGUGUUUUUUACUGACAAUGUCAUUGUAUUGUGAAAAAACCCUCAAUGAAAUUACAGGUGUUAAUAUAUCUACUACCCCAUCCAAUAAGACAUUUCACAAAGGGUGAAACAUAACUAUGGCUUUCACAUAAAGGCAGGCCCAAUGUUGGAGUUCCAUAGGACCCUCAUAUAACAAGAGGGUACCUGGGGUUGGUGGUCUCAUCAUAAACAACAAUGAGAGUCAGAACAUCCUAGUAACUAAUAUAAUGGACUUUCUCCUGCUGUUUUCUGCAAUGUUAAACAACAGUGCUCUAUUACUCAAGAGAGGGACCGUAAGAAGCCCCCUAACUCUUCCUAUACCCUGUCUAAUGUAGAGUUGAUAAAUUGUUUUGGUGAAUGGAAUUCCAAACUUCGUAACCUACAUAUGAAAGGACUAGUGGAUAUCCAACCCUCUGGUUACCUAUACAAUAGGGACCUAUGUUCUAUAUAAAUGUAUGAACUACACUCCGACCUAAACCAAAGUCAUUUGUCCAGUGAUAUUUCAUGUUCUUGUUGGCUUUUCCCAAUGGAAGCUCUCUAUUGAUGUAAUGUACGAUAAUGUGCUAGAUGCUUGUAUUGGAUCUAAUUUCUAAUCUUUUAGUAAAAAGCCUCCAAGGUCACAUGAUUAACCUUUCCACACUCACAAAGACAAUAUUAGUUCUAGUUUCUCUGAUCUCUCUUCUGCCAGUGCCAUGCCUCUACAAACUAUGGAUCUAAUGAGCUGGAGUGGUGACCAUUAUUAAAAAAGAGAAAAUAAAAAUACAAUCAGGAUAUAGUAAUUUAAUUAAAGUGCAAUCCCUAGGCAUCGGACACUUUCUAGGCAUCGAUCCACACUUCCCAAGCUUUGGCAAUAUGAAAUUGUGGUGGGAAAGGGGAGGCUGGAGUUGGAGCAUGCCACUGAUUGGGGACUUCUGCUCUUGGACUGAACUUCCUAUUGGUCCAAACUGGUAGAGGUCGUAACACAAGUCCCAAUUACUAACUAGCACAAAGUUAGGUUGUUCUGCACUGACUGCUUUGAUGCAACCGAAAUGCCAGUAGGUGGCAGUGUAGAGCUAAGAAAAGUCAGGUUGGAUUCAAAUUUCAAUAUAGUUUUAUAUAAUACGUCAGAAAUGUUUCACCACAAACUGUACCUUGAUAGCAAGAAUUAGAGAUGUGAUAAAGAAAUGUUAAAAAUAGGGAUGUAAGGUAAAGAGAGAUUUACUUGUCUCUAAUUGUCCCUUAUUUCCCAUGCACUUAUACUUGUGAUUUCAUCAUGAGAGGUGGAAAUGGUUUAUGUGGCUUGCAGUCCAAUAACAACUGAGUUUAUUUAGUAAACCAGGAAAUUUGGAGAACUGACAAAAGAAUGAAAAAUGUCUGUAUUUUUGCCAAAAUACUGCUAUUUUGUCAUUCCUUUGUCACUUCACCACAAUUUUCGGUUUUAGUGGAUAAACCACUUCUUAUUUCUCUAUGGGUUAUUCGCUAAACAUGAAAUAUUAAAUAUUUCCUACAAACAUAAUAGUAUUACAUUUUUAGAAUGUUGCCUAACACUGCAAAUGUAUUGAAAUAGCUUAAUUUUGGCCCAGUUCAGCAGUGAGUAAUGGUUACAAAGAACAUCUGAUUGGAUGAAUGUUCUUUGUCAUUAUGUAUUGUCAUUUUCGAUGACUUUUGUACCCUUCAGUCCUUUACAUGAACAUAGCUUGUGUGAUAGUUUGCAACAUCACAGCUGCCAAAACACCAUGUAAAAGCUGUUGUCUGUAUUAGCAGGGCCACUUUUACAGAACCUUGGGCACAAUUCUAUAGUGCCAUUUUGUUAGGGGGAACUAUGACAGGAAGUGGGUGUGUCUGACCACACCCACAUCUACGAUGUCCAUGCUUGUUAUGCAUGUGCCCCACCUACAACAUCUUCAAAUUUAGCACUUGUAGCUUUUGUGCCUAGGGGUGCCUGCAAUACAGACUGGGCCUGUUGUAUUAGAAUAUAUGUUAUUUGUGUUCCAAAAUCCUCUCCAUGCAGAAUCCUAUGCUGCAUCCCUGUAGUAAAUAGUGUCUUGGCCCGGUCUACCUUCUUUCUUUGCCAGUGCAGGUGAAAUCCACACUUUAUGUUUUAUGCCAACAUAAAGUAAAGUAUUUCUAUAGGGUCAUAUUUUUAUGAGUAGACAUUAACUGUAUAAAGAUUAUAAGAAAACAUCGCAAUAAAAGACUAACAAAGAUCAA